AAAUAGAGUUGAUGAUAUUAGCCAGUCAGAUUAUAGUCCAAGUGAACAGGACAUCCUGCGGUGUCGUGUUUUAACAUCGGGUAUAUUUGAAACAAGGUUUCAAGUCGACAAAGUAAACUUUCACAUGUUUGAUGUAGGAGGACAGAGGGACGAAAGAAGAAAGUGGAUCCAGUGUUUCAAUGACGUGACAGCCAUCAUCUUUGUGGUCGCCUGCAGUAGUUACAACUUGGUACUGAGGGAAGACCCAAGUCAAAAUCGACUCCGGGAGUCUCUAGAGCUCUUCAAAAGUAUUUGGAACAACAGGUGGUUGCGGACAAUCUCUGUCAUCUUGUUCCUCAACAAGCAAGAUCUACUCGCUGAGAAGGUCAAGGCAGGUCGUUCUAAGAUCGAGGACUACUUCAGUGAAUUUGAACAUUACACUAUUCCCCCAGAUGCACAAAUUGAGCCAGGGGAGGACGAUUGUGUAAUAAAGGCCAAAUUCUUCAUUCGUGAUGAAUUCCUACGUAUCAGCACGGCAAGUGGCGACGGGAGACACUAUUGCUACCCCCACUUCACAUGUGCAGUAGACACAGAAAACAUCAGGCGGGUCUUCAACGAUUGUCGGGAUAUAAUCCAGCGGAUGCACCUCAGACAGUACGAGCUGCUGUGACACCAGCCUCCUUGCGACAGCUCCCCCCUUUCACCCAGAAUCCUUUGCUGCAACAGCGCCCUCUUGUCUUGUGGUGCGCCGUCACAGCCGGGAGAUGGAAGAAUAAGAAAGAUUGGGUUUGUAGACUUUCAUCUCUCGGGGUUCGGUGGUAUCGGGAACGAAGACUCCGCGAGGGCGCGUUAAGCAAAACCGUGGUGAAUGUAGUGUUUAUGCGGUUGCUGUGGAAAUGGCGCUGGGAAAUGCCUCGUGGAGUUUGCUCUCUCUCUGGAAUGACCACCCAACCCAGAGUGGUGUGGAAAACAAAAAAAAUGAAAAUUGUGAAAAUUAUGAUAUAAACAUAAAUAAAAAAAUAAAAGAAAUUGUUGCAAUGUGAUUUUACAGUUUAAAAUGAAUUUAAGAGAUAGAUGCAUGUGGGGUCUGGUUUUUAUCUAACCUAUCGUUCAGAUACCUCACUUGGCAUUUAUUUGUUGCAUGCAUGAUUGUACAUAUCCUAAAGUCUUAAGAUACUUCAAAACUGAAAACAAAACCCCCCAAAAAAGGUUAAACAAAUACGUAUGAACUGAAAACAAAAGUUGUGGAAGUGUAUGAUAAACGAAUGAAAAGUUAAAGUUUGUGUAGUGUGGUUUUUGUUCACUCUGAAGGCUGUUUGGAGAAGAAGGUUGUUUCGCAUCAGUUAAACACUGCACAGUCUACUUUUAAAAUAACAAUCACUAGGCUUUCAGCUGACGGGACAGUUUGACCUUAAGAAAAGUAUUUCAAAACAAGGAAACAUGGUAAGCCAAAGAUAUAUUUAGAAACUGGUCAGAAGGAAAAACACCUUUACUGCGGACCCAAAUAAAAACUACGUUAACUUUAACUGUUCAUUCCUAUGCCAUCCACACAGCCACUUUUUUUUGAUGAGUUUUUUUAUUCUCAAAUCUGCCGGUCCAUAACGUUUUAAGGCAGUAUUUUCGAUUGAUUUUUAUCAUCUAAUGUAUUUUAAAAUUAGGUAUGAAGAAGAAAAACAAAUUUUUUUUACAGAUUGGAGAGAGAAAAAAACCCACAAUAUUGCGAGUUAGUUUUUUCCCCGCUGACCGGUGUCCGGAACUAUGCUAGAAAGGGUUUGUUAUUUUAGCGAAGAGCCUUUUUGUAUUUUUUUCAAAAUGUUUUCCCACAGUUGGAAAGUAGUUUCUGCAUCCCUCUCCCACUAAUCCCCACCUAACAAUGCCUUUUGUUAUCACAAUAACAACAACAACAACAAACAAACAAACAAACAACUACUAUAUUUUUUUUGUAUGGGAUGGAAAUUUGGGGGACAAUUGUAAUUAUGUGUGUUUUUUGUUUGAGAGAAUUUAACUAGAAUCAUGAUAUUUUGCAAUUUGAAUUCAGUUGGUUUUUAGAUAAGCAAAACAUUUAACUAUCACCAAAAAACAAAAACCAGAUUCUGAGUAAAGUGAUUUUUAUUAUUUAUUUUUAUUUAGGAAAAGUGUACAUAAUACAUAGUCAAGCCAUCAUGCAAAUUCAUUGUGUUUAUUUUGUGUGUGUAUUUUUUUUUCUUUCUUUCUCCUUUUUUGAAAUCUGUCUCCAGUUUUAAAAAGGAAAAAGAAAGAAAAAGAAGGGAAAAAAGGCGGCAUUAUUUGUAGGCGUCUUGUCCACUGACUAGUUGUGGUUUAUAUAGUGAUUGUGUGAACUUGUUAAACGAAAAAAAAUUGACAAAACCUGACAUUAUUGAUAAUCAUAAAAACAUUGUACAGUGCAAAAUAUUAGAAGGAUGCCGUGGUACAUCAGUUUUCAUUCACACUCAAUUUUUAGUAUUACGACUUCUUGUUUUCCGUUCUUUUUUUAAUAUAUGAAGAUAUUGUGCGAAGUAUGUGAUACUUGGUGUAAACUUACAGAUGGUGGCCUUGGCCCAAUUUUAUAAAGCCUGUAAGCCCAAAUAUGCUUAGCACAAAAAUGGUUGCUUAGCCAAAUUAGGUUACCAUCCAAAUACCAUUUAGAUACCAUUGCUGUGACUGGUACCCCGGCCAUUUCUUACAGAAUUUUCUGCUUGACAGCUUAUGAAAUUUGGCCCUAAAGAGUUUAUGGUAACGAUUCACACACAAAACUAAAGGUCAAAUUUUAUGUAGAACUUUUUGGAUUGUAGAGGGCAGCAGACUUUAAUGCUCAUUUCACGAUCUCUUAAGAACUGUUGGGCUGUGUGUUACAAGCUUGGUGUCAUUCUCAGAGGAAUGUUUUAACUUGAAGUUAACAUAGACUGGAACCUUUUGAUUAUCAGUGCUAUUAUUGCCUGUUCAUACAGGGAAUCUUAUGGUAAAAUAUAGGCAACGUUUGUUGUACAUGAGCGCACAGAAUGGGCCAAUAAGCAACCUUUUGACCUCCAGUCGAGGGCGCCCUACUAAAAAUGACAUCAUGUGCUCAAACUCUGUCACAAUCUCUUUGUAUGAACAGUGCAUGUCAAGAUUAAUUGUAACACACACCAAAACAUGUCCGCUGCCACCACCCUUGAGGGCCUUCUUUAUUGACAGCUUUGAGGCGACACAAACUCCAAACAUAACACCUCAGUAUUAGGAAGAGGCAUGUGUAACUUACUGUCACACUGAGAAUGAUGUGAUCGCUGAGAGUGGAAGUUCUGGCUUUCUUGAGAUUGCCUGUAAGAUGCCUUGAGCGACACGACCCCUACAGAUUUAUCUUUCUGAUUCAUUCAUUGAUGAAAACUGAUUUUGCUGUGUUCUAUCAUGCAUCAGUGAGCCCUAUUUCGUAGAGCUGCUUAAGCAGCAAAUAAUUGCUUAAUCAUUUUCUGCUUAGUAAAAUACAAGCAGGAUACCAGUCACUGGUAGUACAUAAUAGCAUGAUAUUUUGGCUUGUAACCUUAUUCUGGUAAGCAUAAUUUUGUUAUGCUUAGCUGAUUUUUUUUUUGAAGCAGCUCUAUGAAAGUGGGGGCGGUAGUCAUUUCUUAGAUACCCCCCUCCCUAUACACCACUGUCUGUUGUGAUCAUGCGUAUUUAUUGUAGAGAAAAACGGGAAAACAAUUUUCUCCGCUUUUUUUAAGGGGAAGGUCAAUGAUGGACGUAAGGGAACCUACUAUGUAAAUACUAAAGAGUGUAAGGGCUAGCAUUGGCCUCUUCUCCUAGCUGAUCAGGACUUUUUAUAAACUGUCAUCGUUGUUUUUUGAUUUUAUGAUGAUGUAGGAUUGACUAGCAUCCCAAGAAAGUUGUUUUUUACAAUCCCUCCCAAAACCAGUCUUAAAGAUUGGUUCUGACUUGAUUGUGAAAACAGCCGAUUAAUCACCUUCAAGAAGGUACCCAAAUAUGGUACCCAAAUAAUGCCAAAGGCCAUCAUUUACCUAAAAGGUCAAUCGGUGUCAUCCCCCUCCCCAAAUCCCCGCCUGCCCGCCCAGCAAUUUGGGCCCAAUUUCAUGGCUCUGCUUACCAUAAGCACAGAAUCGGCGCUUACGGAAGCAGGGAAUUCUGUGCUU